AUGGCCACUAGAAAACGCAGGUCCGCCCAGAACGAAAUCUCGCCUGGCGACAGCAAUAGCGACGAGGGUCACCAGAGGAAGAAAGUAAAACCUGCUACUGCACGGCCGCCGACCACCACACAGGAACCCAAUACCGAUUCAAAUGGCGACCCGUACUGGGAGAUUUCACGUCAACGACGCGUCACUGUUUCGACUUUCAAAGGUAGGACAAUGAUCAAUGUGCGGGAAUACUAUGAAAAGGAUGGGCAGGAUUUACCCGGUAAAAAGGGAAUUUCUAUGACCUUGGAACAGUUCAAUGCCCUCGUCAGUUUGCUGCCCGGCAUUGAGGAUGUUGUUAGACAGAAAGGCGGUGUCAUUGAAAGACCGAAAUACGGCGACAGCGGGGAAGAAACCGACGAGGACAUGCAGGUGGAGAAGGCAGAGACGGCUAAAAAGAUCAAGAUCUCACCCGAGAAAAACAUUGAAGCAACAAGUGAGGAGAGUGAGGGAGAAAACUGA